CUCGGAAUCCAAAACAUGCACAAGCCCCAUAGAUUUGGCCACUGAAUAAUCCAUCAUAGAUUUGGUUGAAAAAGAACCCAAUAGAUUUUUGAUAUCAUUGACAGCAAACAAGCCUAUAAACCCGUAUUCAACGUUCUGAUUUGCCUAGUGCCAAAACCCGCCACGUGUUAAACCCAUUUGUUCAACAGCUUCUCGUUAAAAGACAGCGAAAUGUUAUCGAUGGCCAAGCAAAAACGCAAAACUUGCACGCAAGCUCUUCCUCUACCUUCUUCUCGCAGAUUUCAGAAGCUUCAAUAAGAUUCAUACGAAAGAUUAGAUAACAUCAAAACCCAGAGAAGAAUGUCAGUGGUUUUAGUCUCUUCAGCUUCUGCAACACUCACGAAAUCCAAAUCCAUAAAGAUUCCCUUUUUAUAUCCCACCAACACAAGUUCCGCGAAAUUCCCAUUCAGUUUCUCGAUUUCGCCUCAAAGACCCAAACUUCUCGACAGCCCUCUUCGCGUGGCAGCGCCACCGUCUGUGCCCACUUCAGAUCCGGCGGAGGAGAGGCGGAUCGAAGAAGAGUACGGCGGAGAUAAGGAAGAAGAUGGGUCUGAGUUUAAGUGGAGAGAUCACUGGUACCCGGUUUCUCUGGUUGAAGAUUUGGAUCCGAAUUCGCCGACCCGGUUUCAGCUUCUGGGUCGAGACCUCGUCCUCUGGUUCGAUCGGAAUGAUCAGAAAUGGGCCGCUUUUGAUGACCUCUGCCCUCACCGUCUUGCUCCUUUAUCUGAAGGAAGAUUGGAUGAGAAUGGACACUUGCAAUGUUCAUAUCACGGAUGGUCCUUCUCAGGGUGUGGAUCUUGCACUAGGAUUCCACAGGCUUCUACUUCAGGCCCUGAAGGUCGCGCGGUUAAGUCCCCUAGAGCUUGCGCCAUUAAGCUCCCAACAAUAGUGUCUCAAGGCCUUCUCUUUGUGUGGCCUGAUGAAAAUGGAUGGGACAGAGCCAAUUCAAUCGAACCCCCUAGGUUGCCGGAUGAUUUCGAUAAACCGGAGUUCUCAACAGUGACGAUUCAAAGGGAUCUUUUCUAUGGAUAUGAUACUCUAAUGGAAAACGUAUCUGAUCCUUCUCAUAUCGAUUUUGCUCAUCACAAGGUUACAGGAAGAAGAGACAGAGCAAAACCAUUGCCGUUUAAGGUAGAAUCAAGCGGUCCAUGGGGUUUCCAAGGCGCAAAUGACGAUAACCCCAAGAUCACCGCGAAAUUCGUUGCUCCGUGCUAUUCUCUUAACAAAAUUGAGAUAGAUGCAAAGUUACCUAUCGUUGGUAACCAAAAAUGGGUUAUUUGGAUUUGCUCAUUCAAUAUACCAAUGGCUCCAGGAAAGACCCGUUCCAUUGUUUGCAGCGCUCGUAACUUCUUCCAAUUCUCUGUUCCAGGACCAGCUUGGUGGCAGGUUGUACCGAGAUGGUACGAACACUGGACAUCGAACUUAGUCUACGACGGUGACAUGAUCGUACUUCAGGGACAGGAGAAAGUGUUUCUCUCUAAAUCAAUGGAGUCACCGGACUACGACGUGAACAAACAGUACACAAAACUCACAUUCACCCCAACGCAAGCAGACCGGUUCGUUCUAGCCUUCAGAAACUGGCUCAGACGGCAUGGUAAGAGCCAGCCUGAGUGGUUCGGGUCCACGAAAGCUACCCAACCUCUCCCUUCCACUGUGUUAACCAAGCGCGAGAUGCUGGAUAGAUUUGAGCAGCAUACACAAUUGUGUUCUUCUUGCAAAGGAGCGUACAAUGGUUUCCAAAUCCUCAAGAAGUUUCUUGCUGGCACGACGGUUUUGUUUGGCGCCACGGCUGGUGUUCCUUCGGAUGUUCAGAUUCGGUUGGUUCUGGCUGGUUUAGCAUUGAUCUCAGCUGCUUCUGCAUAUGCUUUACAUGAAAAGGAGAAAAACUUUGUGUUCAGAGAUUAUGUGCAUUCUGAAAUCGAGUAGAUAGAGAUAUAUUAUAUUUGUACAAUCAUCUUUUACAACCUUGUAAAUCCAAAUCAGUGGAAUAUUAUAGGAAUUUACAGUACAUCAUAAAUCUCCAAUAGUUAACAUCUAAAUGUGGUUAAAGGAAAACGAU